UGGCUGAACGCUCUACCCGUGCCUUCUCUUGGAACCUUGAUGUCGGAUGAGAGCUUCCGUGUAGCGGUCGGACUACGUAUUGGUGCGCCUAUUUGCAGUUCUCACCUGUGCACUGACUGUCGUUUGCCCGUGGACGAAUUUGGCCAUCAUGGGCUCUCAUGCAAAAAGAGCGCAGGACGUUUCAUGCGACAUUCGUCUUUGAAUGAAGUGAUUCGGAGAAGCUUGGUAACCGCUAAUACACCGGCUGUACUCGAACCACGAGGGACUAGCGACGUGGAUGAGCGGCGACCGGAUGGUGUAUCACAGCUGCCUUGGAGAAAUGGAAGGAGACUUGCCUGGGAUGUGACGUGCGUGGACACGUUGGCCCUGUCUAAUGUAAUCAGCAGCAGUACAAAGGCGGGUGAAGCGGCCAAAAAAGCGGAAGAAGAGAAGCGCCGGAAAUACGAGUAUUUAGCUGACGAGUACGAUUUUGUUGCGUUAGCUUUGAGACCUUUGGUGUCGUUGGCCCAGCAUGUUUGAAGUUUCUGCGCGAACUGGGCAAGCGGAUAAUGGAUGCUACUGGAGAACGACGCUCUUUCGAGUUUUUGUUGCAACGGCUUAGCAUUGAAAUACAGCGGGGAAAUGCGCUGUCUGUAACGUCGACCGUUCCACGUUCGGACGGUCUUAAUGCUGUUUAUUUUGUUUUGUAAUGUUCCCGAAUGUGAUGCUUAUAACUAUGUUUGCCAACUAAACCAAUAAAAGUAACAA